GUCAAAUCCAAUCGAACCGAACGCUUGCUUUUGGUCACCCAUCAAAUGUGUUCGCACGUGUACCGGCCUCCCCGACUAUUGGCGUGGGCAGCUGAUUAUUGCUUGGGUACACAGGCGAAUUAGUACGAGUAUGUCUGCCAUGCAUAGACGGAAUGUCGCUAGCGCCUGGGGUUUGGUGGAGGAGAAUGGGUGGGUAAACCGUUCGUCUGAUGCGGAUGUGAAGGGGGUGACUCGGUAGUCAGCUGGGCGUAGGCGUUUGUAUAAAAGAAGGAGUGAUCCAGCAAGUGGCUUUUGAUCGUGCGCAAACCGACACAGAUCCCAUUGACAACUACUGCCUUCGUUGAAUAUACAAAGACGACACGAUGGCUUUCAAACCGCUCCUUGCGUUGGCUACCAUGGCCGUAUCUUUGGUCAGCUGCGCGCCGCUCGCACUCGACGAAAGGCAGACGCCAAAUGGCGUUCCCGACUAUGUGCUCAAAUAUGCGCCCAUCGUCUACAUUCACUCAAAGGACGCCUACUACCCCACCGAUAUACAGACAUUUCUGGAUCACACGACUCCGCGCGUGAAUUUCAACGAAGUCCCCGGUCCUUCAAAGCCCUUGACUACUUCCAACCUCGAUCAGAUGGGCAGCGAUGUCUGGCUCACAUCCAACGAUGACGUGACCAAAGAUCCCACAUGGAUCAAGGGCACAAAACCCAACGCGCAGGGCAAGACCGAAGGAGCGACCACAGCCGCCAUAAUUGUGAAUGACAAGGGGAAUGGCAACGUUGAUGCUUUCUACAUGUACUUCUACGCCUACAAUUAUGGCGGCGAAGUACUAGGAUGGAGCAAACUGAACUUUGGCAACCACGUAGGCGACUGGGAACAUGUAAUGGUCCGUUUCUCAAACGGUUCUCCCGAGGCAAUCUGGUACUCGCAACACGCAAACGGCCAAGCCUUCCGCUACGGCACCGUUGAGAAGACCGGCGACAGACCCAUCGCAUACUCCUCCAAAGGCUCGCAUGCCAACUACGCCAUAUCCGGAACCCACGACCACACCAUCCCCAACCUCAAUCUUCCUGGCGGAGUGUUGGAAGACUACACAGACCGAGGUGUGAUGUGGGAUCCUCUCCUAUCCGCCAACUUCUACAAAUUCGACGCCGGGAACUCCGCUUUCUCGGCUUAUGAUGGUCAGGCGCCGACGGCGUGGUUGAACUUCAAGGGCAGGUGGGGCGAUCAAGAGUAUCCCGAAAGUGAUCCGAGACAAGUCAAGCUGUUUGGGCAGGCUAAGUUCUCGGGUGGACCGACUGGACCAGUGGAUAAGCAGUUGAACAGGGAGAAGAUCUGUCCGAAUAACGGUCAGCUUUGCAUUCUGAGAAGUAUUCUCGUGCCGAGGAGUAUGGGUAUGGAUGAGGUUGUGCAGGAUGGUGAUGUUAUUAUGGAAUGAUGAGUGCGAGGCGGUGAUUUCAUGAAUUUUGUCAGUUACUUUCACGUAAUAUAUAAUGAUAUUGGGACUUUCAACAGAGUACAUACUUCGUUCUCCUCGCUGCAAAACAAGCAUUGUCAAGUUCCCCAGAACCAUUAAGGCCGCACCCCUCUCUGCUGUGUGCCCUGAGCCCAAUAGAUCGUCCCAGAUCUAGUAUGACGCCGUAAAAAAACCUUAGGGUAUCAUGAUAACGACUGGCUGAGAACUCAAGUUGCAAGACGAAUGAUCCGCCAAAACAUGGAAACACCCGGCAUGACAGUAAGCUGCACGCAAUCCAAAAAUAUAGAACCGUUGAUAAAAUACGAAAUGAUGAUACAAAAGGUCAAAGCACGACGACCCGAAAGACGGUGAACUGAUGCGAGCCACGUAGCACUGUUGGAACGCCACAGUAGCACGAAGACGUGGAGAAACAUUGACACAUCACCACAACUCUGGAUGAUGCUGAGCUUCGUCUUCUU